AUGGGCAAGUGCCAGAGUAUCCUUGCCCAGCCGCACAGCCUGCUCAUCACUCUCAAGCACCCGCCAUCCAUGCUCAAGGUACCCUACCCCCUUCCACCACAGCUUGUGACCCAAGCGGGCUCUCAUUUCCCCCCAUUGCCACUCGAUGGCGAGACCGAGGAGCAAAUCGAGUGUGAGCUCUGGGACCUCACAAGAGCUAGGGAAUGGAUGGAUCAGUCUGACGACGGGCGGGUGCAUGCAGUGUACGCAUCGAACCAGAUUGAGCUUCUCCGAACGGAGAUGGUCCGUCGUGGAUCUGUUUCAAGCAAUGUCCCCUCGGUAAACUCGGAAGGAAGGUGGCUCGGAACUGUCGUCUACCCACCACCACCAGCUUCAACAGAAGGCAUCCGCAACGGCAUGGCGAGUCUGGAACUAGAAGAUACCAGCAAGACGCCCACAUUUGACAAGGCCAUGGACGCAGUUGUCAACGGCCGUUUUGGAUUAGUGGCCGUUGGUACAGAAAGCGGCUUGGUGAACAUCAUCGUUCUCCCACCUUACCCCCAACAAUCACGUUUCUCGCACAAACUCGACUUGAAACACUCGGCCAACCUCCGAGUUCAGCCCGGCAAAGUCACGUCAAUGGCAUGGACCUCGGAUGGAUACGCUCUGGCAGUGGGCUACGAGAAUGGCUGGGCAGUGUGGAGUAUGGGCGGUCGUCUGGACGGAUGGGGUGUGGCAGGACAGGAUGAUGACGAGCCGGCCGCGGACGCGUUCAUGAACGGGGCAUCAAACUUGUUCUGGUCACCAGGCAACCUCGACCUGUUUAUGACGGCAAGAGCAGAGACGGACCGUAUCUACGCCAUGCCCUUUGUCAAGAGCGCUACAACGGGACAGCAUUCACCUGACAACACUCGUUACGCGUUCCUGCAGAUGGACGACCGAGUCCUCGUGUACCGCGGUGCAGACCAGCCGGACAUGAGUGUGAUUAACCCGGAAUCGGACGUGUGGCAACACAUUCACAUUCCUAAUGUUUACAUUGCCACCAACUGGCCCAUUCGCUACGCCUCUAUCUCAAACGAUGGACGCUUCAUCGCCGUUGCCGGCCGUCGUGGUUUGACCCACUACUCUGCCGCCUCUGGACGCUGGAAGCUCUUUGCCCAUGAGCGUGAGGAGCGUGGUUUCACUGUCCGUGGAGGUCUACUGUGGUUCCACCAUGUACUCAUCGCCGCUGUCGAGGUGGACAAAAAAUACCAGAUCCGCCUGUAUUCGCGCGACUUGGACUUGUCCGACACCAACGUGUUACAUGCCCAGAGCGUGCCCUCGCCCGUCCUUGUCAUGACCCUGCUGGAUAACUCGCUCCUGGUUUACACAGCCGACAGCAUGCUGUACCACUUUGUGAUCAUUCCAACCUCCGACUCGAUCCGCAUCCAGUUAUGUGGCAGUAUCAGCUUCCGUGGUCUGGUUACUGUGCCAGCGCGCGUGAGGGCCUUGUCAUGGCUGAUUCCAGAGGCCCAAAAGCACCCCACGGACGACCUCAUCGUCGCCACUAUCAUCUUCCUCGUCGAUGGCCGUCUUGUCCUUUUGCGUCCGCGCAGGGUGCUUGCCGACCGCAUCGAGUCGUACUGGACCCACUUGCACGGUGUCGGCACGCUCGAAAACUCGCUUUGGGGCUAUGACGGACGCAGCAUGCGCGUGUGGCUCGACGCACUGACCAUUGAGGCUACCCGCGUGGACCUUGACCUCGACACAUACGAGAGCGUCAAGGAGAGCAUCAAUCUCAGACUUGACUUUUACCCUCUUUCCAUUCUCAUGGACAAGGGUAUCAUCAUUGGCGUGGACUAUGACGUGUCCAGCCGCUCUCUCCCGUUUGUCAUGUUCAAGCUCCAGACCUCAACGCACCUCUUCCUGCCCCCCUUCCUGCGCUACCACCUGGACCACAAGCAGAUGAAAUCCGCGCUCGCCUUUGCAUCCAACUACCAGGACCUAGUCUACUUUGGCCAUUCGCUCGAAGUGCUCCUGCACUCUGUGCUCGAAGACACGGUAGACGCACGCUCUGGCCUCGAAUCCGAAGCGUCCCCCGGCGGCAGCACACUCGCCCUCGUCGCCACCUUCCUCGACCACUUCCCCGAAUCGCUCGACGUCGUCGUCGGCUGUGCGCGCAAGACCGAGGUUGAGCACUGGUCCCAGCUGUUCGACGUCGUCGGUCGCCCGCGUGACCUGUACGAGCGGUGCCUUGCCGCCGGGACACUGCGCACUGCCGCAUCCUACCUCUUGGUCAUGCACACGCUCGAGGAGGCCGACGACGCGCGCGACACCGUCCGUCUCCUCCGUCUGGCCAUUGACGCAAAGGAAACCCAGCUGUGCAAGGAACUCCUCCGGUUUUUGCAUUCCAUCGACGAGACGGGCACCGCCCUCCGCUCUGCCAUUGCCGAGGUCGGUAUCCUCCCGCCCACAAAGCUCCAUCUGCCGGGCACAAACGGCGGCGGCGACAAUGCCGUAUUCUCACCCUCGCCGCUUUCGGCGCCGGACUCGCACUCGGGACGCAAUACCCCAACCCAGGCGAGCUCACGUACCGCCACUACGUCUCAGGAGACCACCCGCCCCUCGUUGCACUAG